AUGUCCCAUCUGUGCCGCCUCCGCCGCGGCUCUGAGGAAAUGGAAGUGCGGUCACGCAGAGGACACGGCCGGGUUCAAAAGGCCACGCAGCUUUGUCCACUUUGUCUGGGACUCGUGAGCGCGCGCGAGGGAGGGCCCCGGGGACGCGCAUGGCUGGAGGGGGCUCGUGAGGGCGGCAGUGGAGUCCGUAACACAGGGACGACUGCAGCACAGGGACGUCUGCAGCACAGGGACGUCUGCAGCACAGGGACGUCUGCAGCACAGGGACGUCUGCAGCACAGGGACGUCUGCACCACAGGGACGGCUGCAGCACAGGGAUGGCUGCAGCACAGGGACAUCUGCAGCACAGGGAUGGCUGCAGCACAGGGAUGGCUGCAGCACAGGGACGGCGGCAGCACAGGGACGGCUGCAGCACAGGGACGUCUGCAGCACAGGGACGUCUGCAACACAGGGACGUCUGCAGCACAGGGACGUCUGCAGCACAGGGACGUCUGCAGCACAGGGACGUCUGCAGCACAGGGACGACUGCAGCACAGGGACGACUGCAGCACAGGGACGACUGCAGCACAGGGACGACUGCAGCACAGGGACGUCUGCAGCACAGGGACGUCUGCAACACAGGGACGUCUGCAGCACAGGGACGUCUGCAGCACAGGGACGUCUGCAGCACAGGGACGUCUGCAGCACAGGGACGUCUGCAGCACAGGGACGGCUGCAGCACAGGGAUGGCUGCAGCACAGGGAUGGCUGCAGCACAGGGACAUCUGCAGCACAGGGAUGGCUGCAGCACAGGGACGUCUGCAGCACAGGGACGGCUGCAGCACAGGGACGUCUGCAGCACAGGGACGUCUGCAACACAGGGACGUCUGCAGCACAGGGACGUCUGCAGCACAGGGACGUCUGCAGCACAGGGACGUCUGCAGCACAGGGACGGCUGCAGCACAGGGAUGGCUGCAGCACAGGGACAUCUGCAGCACAGGGAUGGCUGCAGCACAGGGACGUCUGCAGCACAGGGACGUCUGCAGCGCAGGGACGUCUGCAGCACAGGGACGUCUGCAGCGCAGGGAUGGCUGCAGCACAGGGAUGGCUGCAGCACAGGGACGUCUGCAGCACAGGGACGGCUGCAGCACAGGGACGGCUGCAGCACAGGGACGUCUGCAGCACAGGGACGGCUGCAGCACAGGGACGUCUGCAGCACAGGGACGUCUGCAGCGCAGGGAUGGCUGCAGCACAGGGACGGCUGCAGCACAGGGACGUCUGCAGCACAGGGAUGGCUGCAGCACAGGGACGGCUGCAGCACAGGGACGUCUGCAGCACAGGGACGUCUGCAGCACAGGGAUGGCUGCAGCACAGGGACGUCUGCAGCGCAGGGAUGGCUGCAGCACAGGGACGUCUGCAGCACAGGGACGUCUGCAGCACAGGGAUGGCUGCAGCACAGGGACGGCUGCAGCACAGGGAUGGCUGCAGCACAGGGAUAUCUGCAGCACAGGGACGUCUGCAGCACAGGGACGUCUGCAGCACAGGGAUGGCUGCAGCACAGGGACGGCUGCAGCACAGGGAUAUCUGCAGCACAGGGACGUCUGCAGCACAGGGACGUCUGCAGCACAGGGACAUCUGCAGCACAGGCGCCGGAUGGGGGGGUUCAGGUGAGGCUCGGGGUUCAGGGGCCGGGGGCCAGGGGCUCGGGGUUCAGGGGCCGGGGGCUCGGGGUUCAGGGGCCGGGGGCUCGGGGUUCAGGGGCCGGGGGCUCAGGGUUCAGGGGCCGAGGGGCUCAGGUGAGGCUCCUGUGAUGCGUCUGUGGCUCAGACUCAUCUAA